UCAGAAGGAGCAUGAGGAGCAUCUGAGUGUGGUUCUUGAAACCCUCAGACGAGAGAAGUUGUACGCCAAAUUCUCCAAAUGCGAGUUCUGGCUUGAACGAGUAUCCUUUCUGGGUCAUGUUAUUACCCAGGCAGGCAUUGAGGUGGAUCCUUCUAAAGUUUCAGCC